AUGUGGGCCGCCUAUCAGGCACCUGCUAAGCAGAGUAUAAGACCGAGCUCGUCGGCCGACCUCCAGCUAGCAGACCCUCGUUUCUCUGGAUCUUCGUGCUUCAGCUCUCGCGCAUUCUGGGUCCGGCCAGUUAGCCAACGAAAGGGCCAAGAGAGGCAGAAACGCCAAUCUGACACGGAUGAGCUCCUUUUGGUGUUAAAUGCACCAGCCUUAUUUGCUGGUUCGGGCGUCAGCAGGACAUUCUUCCCUCUCAUCGUUGAUUCCAAUACGAGAUUCUUCCCAUUCUUGCUGGCAACCAUCCUCUCUCUAUCAAUGCUGGCUGGUCGAUGUGCGUGA